AUAUAAUACAAAAUUAUAUAAGUACAACAAUAAUAAUCGAAAUUAUUCACGAGACUAGUAACAUUAUUUCGUAAACAUUAUUUUUAUAUUUGCAGGUACGAAUUAACUGCAUAUUAUUUUGUUGUUAAUCGCGUUUAUUUAUUUUUAUUUAGCGAUUGUAAUAUUCAGAUGAUCGUCGAUAGAAAAUCGAGCCUCGGGGGAGACUUAAUUAUUCUGAGCAAAUAAAUAAAUUGACAAUCAUAAUAUUAUUGAUUAUAUUAUAGCUGCAGGGAACUUAUUGAAAUAACGACUAAGUGUCAAGACAAAGGAGGAAAAACGACUUCGACUAAAAAAAUAAGAGCAGCCUGCAAAGUGCACUAUAAUAACCUCAUAGUAUAAUUAUAAUAAUUAUAUUAUAUUAUUAUUGUAAUCGUCGUCGGACGGAUGUCUUUGUUCAAAGUCCGGGACUGUUGGUCGACGGUAUGUGGUCGGGGCGAGACUUUCGGUUGCGACGCACUGGCCGUGGACGACCUUUUCGGUGCCGGCGAAGACAACAUUAUCCUGGGAAGUCUGGACGGCGUCCUCAGGGUGUACGGUGUGCACUCCGUUCCGCCGUCCAAUCUGCAGUACUCGCCGUCCGACCUGUUGAUCGAAAUGCAGUUGGACAGUCCCGUGUUGCAGGUGUGCACUGGAAAAUUGAUAAGCUGUUCGCCCAGCAAGAACAUUGCAGUUCUUCAUCCGUUUUCAAUAGUUGUAUAUGGAGUGAAUUGCAUAGCAGGAUCUACAGAUCAUGGCGAUCAGUACGUACUGGAAACGAUGUACGAACAUAAAUUCGACCGGAGCGCAUAUCAAAUGGUCGUGGGCCCUUUCGGCGGCGGUUCGGGCAGCAGGGAUUUUGCAUGCAUAAUGUCCCUGGACGGCGUCGUCACGGUGUACGAGCAACAGGCUUUUGGUUUUCGCACGGCGUUGCCCAAUUACCUGCACCCGUUUCCCAUCAAGUACGUCCGAUCCGUAGACGCGUUUAUCACGCUCAACGCCGACCUGUGUUUGGUCUGUUACAAGUACCAAGAGCUAGCGGACCCAAGUCUGAAACAAAAGUGUCCUGUUUGGUCGUGCACCUUGGGCGAAACCAUAUACGAUAUUCAGACUGUAGAAAUAACAUCAUCUGCGACUACAAUACACGUACUGGGCGAACGGAACUACUAUUGUUUUCAAGGCAACGGCGUGCUGUGGUUUAUGAAACGGCUCCAGUAUACUCCUUGCUGUUUUCACCCUUAUAUUUUAGGCGAACACCCCGACACGAAGACUAUGUGUAUGAUCGUAUCUGAUACCGAUAGUGUCUUGGUGUACGAUCAGACAAAACUUCGAUGGUCAGCUAAGCUGUCCUUUCAUCCGUGUAUUAUUGCAAGAGCUUCUUUUAAAGCGUUGCAGGGAUGUUUGGUUCUAUUGUCAGAAACCGGUGAUUUGAGAUUUUGUUACCUAGGUACUGAACCCAUGAUAUUUAUGGCUCCCGAAAGACCGAUUAAAGACUAUAAAGAUACCAAGAACCAACUAGUUCAGUUAAAAAAGGAACUUCAAAAUAUGUCUUUGCAAGACGAGACUGAUACUCUACCACUAUUGAAAUUAAGUACUCGUAUUUUAAAUUUGCGUUCAGAGGGAUCGGGAAAACUGUGUGAUAUCGAAAUAGACGUGUCACCGUCUCUAGCUACAUCAUCAGUGCAAAUUACAUUUCAAGUGGAUACACCACUUGUCAUUUCACCCACAGUUGUACAUUUAAAAGACUUGAACGAAAAUAUAACGGUCCGAGUAAUGGCGUACAGAGAAAACGACGACACAGAAUCCGUAGUGUCAUCGACGGAAUGCAUUGUUUGCGCAUACUACUCUAGGACAUCGGACGUACCGGGUUUAGUGCAGCAGACUGUGCGGUUGCCGAUGUCAUUGGUUUACGAAGUCCAUUCGACACAGAACUUAGAUUUUAGUUGGUCGGCAAAAAUAUCUGUUGACGAGAGUCCGGUAGCACUGAAAGUACUAUUUAAAGAGUUCGUUGAUUCAUCGUUAGCGGAAUUGUGUUUCCAAACAAUCACUGGUUUUUCAAAGUAUGUCUGUAUCACUGCAUUACCUGCAAAUCGUUCUUACGAAAUACGAUCUUCGGGUCCUGAAUACGUCAAUGUAAUUAUCGAAGAGAUUUUAUUCAGGCACAGAGAAUAUUAUAAAACUAAAAAAUGCGUCGUGCGCUGUGAUAAAAAUGAAAUGCCCGUUGCAGAUUUUUAUCGAACGAUUGAGGAGCAUGUAGAGCUUAAAAGAAGACUCGAAUUUGUACAGGAAGAAAUUUCUUCAUUAUGUUCACAGUAUCGAAUUAUACAAAAGUGUUUGUUCAACAAACUUAAAGAAAAUACAGUACAUUCUGUGUCCGGUUUGAACGUAUUGAUAGAUAACACACACGAAACGUUAACGGAGAAAAUGUCGGAAAUUAAAUUUGUCAAACAGGAAUUAAAAGUGAAAUUUUCCCAGUUGAUCUCUCUAUCGAGACUUUUAAUCACAAUGCUUGGUCUGUGUUCUAAAAACGAUAAGAUCCUCGAAGAGUUCAAAGAAACUAUCGUUUAUUUUACUGAUAACCAGAACUGGGAAGACAUUGUCUUAAAAUCGCUGACCUAUUUGGUCGGUAACAAAAUCACGUUAAAUGUUCAAAGCGACGAUCCAGCCCACGCUGUAAUGAGCUUAAGGACAUUAAUCGAUUAUGUCAUACAACAUAUAACAUCUAUCAAGGAUGAAUUACCGGUUAAAUUAAAAAAAGAAACCACGAGAGGUGUAUCACCUAUUCUAGAAUCCGAAGAAGAUUUUUAUACCAGUUAGUCGGUUGAAAGUAAAAUAAAGUAAAAAGUAUAUAAUAUAAAAUAAAAUAAACAAUGUUUUGUAUUCCAA